AUGUCUGGAGGUGACAGUACCCCCAUGGCCUAUGUACAGAAGGAAACCCCUCCAGUGGCAGAAGCCAAGACCAGAAUCAGAACAAGGCGAACCACAUCAGAAGCAGAAGAAGAAGAAAUAGUCAAUUGUUGAAAAAAAGAAAAAAUUAAUUAAAAAAUAAUAUUUGUAUUUAAAGCAUUCCAUGAUACAAAUAUGUUUCUUGCAUUAUUGUUGUGUAAGAUUAUUUGAGUUUUCGCACAAAUGAGCUGAAGGAAUAAAGGUGCUGUGUUAAAAGUAUCUUUUUCCUUCGUUCCGAUAAUGUAAUGUAAAAAUUUCAUAAUAUCUAACUUAUAAAAAUUAAAUAAAAAAAGAAGUAUUCUGAAAUUUUAAUGUAUUUAUACAAAAUCUACACUCCUUGCUUUUUUAUAUUUGAAAAUAAUAUUUGUUUAUGGUGAUUAGUAAUAAAUUUGCUUUUCCUCUUACAAGAGAUUAGAAAUAUUAGAUGAUUUAAUUAUUUGAAAAAAUUUUCUUUUUAUUUGUUAAAUAUAUCUAUUCAUCCAAUCCUCAUGUACAAUUUAAUUUUAGGCUCAAAUAUAAAGUUUGUUUUUGA